AUGAAGCACUUCUUGAAAGGAAGCUCGCAACUGUGUCCAGAAAUGAACACGCUCAAGCACAGGCAUGCCCACAUGCGGCGCAUAAAAACUGCAAAUCAGGAUGGUAAUGCUGUCAACACCGCCUGGCGCCACACAUCUCCAACGGAAAGCGAGCGCAACUGGCAUCACGAAGCGGGACAGGCCAAGAAGUGUCCCCAUGGCUCACCAGACAUCCAGCCUCACAACCUCCACAACCGUGGGGCCCAUCAUACGAAAAGGGCUGGUCGUUUGGCAAGCGUGCCCCUACUGGAACCCUUGUCUCUUGGACAAAGCAUGUCAACGUCCCAAGUCUGCAACACAUCAACCAAGCCAUGA